CAACAGGGUGAUAUGCCGUUAGUUUCUUAAACUUAUCAGUAAUACGAGUAAGGGGAAGGGCAUAUUUUCCCCCAAUUGUGGGAGUAAGCCAGUCAAACUUCCCCCUACUAUCCGGUUUACACGGAGUUCAUCUUGAUGAGAAUUCCAAUUUUCUUUUGAAUGAUGAAUGUGAUACUAGGGGCUCCACAGAUAAUAGUUUUGUCUGGGAAAUUUUACUUUAAAUAAGGUUUAUGAGUGAUGAAGUUGUAAAACUUCAGCACGGAAUGUGCCUUUAGACAUUUGUUUGUGUUGGUAUCUUAUAAUUACAAGAAUAAUGACGCAAUCUGAGGAUAUCGUCGUAGACGAGGAAGCAGUAAUUAAUGAACUUAGAAAAAGGAUGAAAAAUGAACUUCCUCCUAACAUAUACGAUGACACAUUAAUGUUACACAAUUUCUUAACAGCUCGGAACUUUAACUUGGAUCAAGCAGAGGCAAUGUUAAGGAAACAUCUUCAAUUUAGAAAAGAACUGCAACUAGAUCACAUAGUGAAGGACUACAAACCUCCAGAAGUUGUGGUAAAAUACAUGCCUCAAUCACAUCUAGGCAUCGACAAAGAAGGUCAUCUUAUUCGUUACUUACCUUUGGGGAAUGUUGACGGCAGAGGACUUUUUAGGAGUGCCAAUGCACACGAUGUUCUUAAGUUCUGUAUGCAGGUGAUACAAGGAGAUGUUGAAGAAAUGAAACGAAUAUCGACAAAGACAGGAAAAGUUGUAUCAAAAUGUGUUUAUAUCUAUAACCUGGAGCACAUGACGCUAGCCAAAGCAACUCAUAAAAAAUCUAUUGAAUAUUACUUACAAGGUCUAUCCAUAUUUCAAGAUAAUUUCCCUGAGAUCUUAAAAUCAGUAUACAUAGUAAAUGCUUCUGUUUAUUUCACGAUGGUAUUUAGCGUAGUACAAAGGAUGCUGUCUGGAUCCAUUUUGAGCAAAAUUCAUGUCUAUGGAACAGAUGGUUGGAAGGAAAAAUUACUGGAGAUCAUUCCAGACGAUGUCUUACCAGCAUUCCUUGGAGGAUCACGUACAGACCCAGAUGGAAACCCAUUUUGCAAUACCUUUGUUGAGCAUGCUGGAAUAAUACCAGAAAAAUAUUUCUUGAAUAAAAAUUUCAGUGAAUUACGAAAAAAGCCUGACGGUCGAAUUGUAACAGUUAACGCUCAUUCUGCUGUAGAAGUUCCAGUUUAUGUUGACAAUCCCAAAUCUGUUAUCAAGUUCGAAUUUGAAUCUUCCAAGCAGGACAUCUACUUCGGGUUGAAGUAUACAGAAUCCAAAGAAUCUAAGCAAGUUGAUGUCAUUCCCCUUCACAGGAUUGAGACGAAUUAUAAACCAGAAAAAAAAGUCUACAGGUGUAAUAAAGCUGGAACUUAUACAUUUGUUUUUGAUAACUCCAACAGUUGGUUCAAUGCUAAACAAGUCUACUACAAAAUAAAAGUGUUGAGCACAAAAGAGUUCGAGGGCUGUUGAGCAUUUAAUAGUAUGGUGGCCAUUGAAUAAAGUUAUUUUAUAUGAUUUUUUCUAAUGCAGGAGAUUAAUAUUUAAUGUAUUUGAUAUUUUUUAUGAAAGUGAAGAAGUUUGAAUGUAUUUGUAUGUACUUUGUAUGCAUUUUGUAAAUAAACAUAUAUUGAUAUUUUUAA